UUCCGUAGGCGGAAUAACAGGCCAGCUGCAACGUCGCAUGCGAACCAUCCCGCAACGCCAUUUGACACAAUGCCAUUCACGUCCACUCCUUUCGACCCCGCACCACCCGUAUUAAACAGUACAAUCACACGAACAACAACUUCCAUUCCGUUUACAGACCACCCGACUGCUUCGACACCAUUCCUUUCGUCCACAAGCCCACCUUCCUCUCCACCAUCCUCAAAAUUCGUUCAAAACAUGGCACUCGCCAAUCCCAGCGUCAGCAUCCUCUCGCCAUCAGGCACGCAAAUGACAAGCGGGCGGUCACAUCCCCCAUCGCCGCCGCACCCAACGCACGAACUGGCGUCUUCGCCCUCGGCGAUGCGGGAGAAUCUGUCGCUCACGGACGAACAGGCUGAUUUUGUGCACAGCCUGUACAACAAUAAUGUACCGGCGUCUGCUAUUGCACGGGUGAUGGAACGUAUGAUUGCUGAUCGCGGACCACAUACCCG